UCAGAAACCAAAUGGAUGUCUCUUGUUCUUCCUGCCACUCUCCUAUCCUCUGCUCCCUCAGAGGCUGGACGUCCCUUCAGGCUGGAGGCUCUCCCACCUGUCACCCUGGCCCUUCUUUGCUUGGACGGCGUCUUCCUCUCCUCCGCCGAGAAUGACUUUGUGCACCGCAUCCAGGAGGAGCUGGACCGCUUUCUGCUGCAGAAGCAGCUGUCAAAGGUACUUCUUUUCCCCCCACUCUCCAGUCGCCUCCGGUACUUGAUCCACAGGACAGCAGAGAAUUUUGAUCUUCUGAGCAGCUUCUCUGUUGGGGAGGGCUGGAGGAGAAGGACAGUCAUCUGUCACUUGGAUAUCAGGUUACCCAGUUCAGAUGGACUCUCUGGCCCCUGCCACCCUCCUGCCUCCCAGCCUAGCAAGCACCGAGGACCUCGGCCCACCUCAAACCAAGGAGCACCUGCUGGUCCUCGGGGGGCGCGGGCUGGCCGGUGGCAUCGUGGACGCAAACCAGACCAGGCUUUGUAUGUGCCCCGAGUACUGCGCAGGCAAGAAGAAUGGGUACCACCCUCUACCCAAGGGCUCAAGGGAGAUGCUCCAGCUGGUGGGCUCCUGGAAGAGCCUGGAAAUGUUGGUGCUGAGGAUCUCAACUCUGAUCAGGACCUCCCUGUGUUGACAACUCAGGCACCUGAGGACCUAGAGGGCCCAGACCAACGCUGUGACAAUGAACAGCUACUGGACCUAGUUGGCAUUGAGUCCCCACAGCCCGAGAGCCACUCAGGGACAGGACAUGGGUUGGAGAUGGCCACACAACUUGGGUCCAGUCUGAGGCUGGACUCAGAAGAGGCGAAUGGGAGUGAGGUGGAGAAGAGCCUGGCAGAGGAGGAAGAAGCAGAGUUGGAAGAGUUGGGGCUUGGCAGCUGCUCCGAGGAUGAUUACAGUGAGCUGCUACAGGAGAUAACAGACAACCUGACUGAGAAGGAGAUUCAGGUAGAGAAGAUCCAUGUGGACACGUCCUCCUUCAUGGAGGAGCUGCCUGGAGAAAAGGAUUUUGCCCACGUGGUGGAGAUCUACGACUUUGAGCCGACACUCAAGACUGAGGACCUGCUGGCAGCAUUUUCCGAGUUCCAAGAGAAGGGGCUCAAGAUUCAGUGGGUAGAUGACACGCACGCGCUCGGUGUCUUUCCCUGCCUGGCCUCAGCCGCUGAAGCCCUGACCAAGGAUUUCUCUGUGCUCAAGAUCCGGCCCCUUACGCAGGGAACCAAGCAGUCAAAGCUGAAAGCUUUGCAGAGGCCAAAGCUCCUGCGUCUGGCGAAGGCGAGACCACAGACAAAUACAGCGGUGGCCAGGAGGCUGGUGGCCCGGGCCCUGGGGCUCCAACACAAGAAGAAAGAGCGGCCUGCGGUCGAGUCUUCUACCUCCCUGAGGCCCUGAGAGGCCCAGCAAGCCUGGAUCGGUGGCCCCAGGACGAAGCUGGUGCGCCAACACCACAAGCCUUUAUAGACACCGGAACAGCCCUGCACUAUUUGUCAGGGUGUCCUUGUUGGGUGUGGUGGGCUUUAGUUUGGUCUAGUUCCAGAAGUUGAGAAAAAAUAAAAACCUGACAGUUGUUUCCAAA